CUUAGCUAGCAUGAUACAGCUAAUUAGCUAAUGGUAACUUUGCUAGCUGCUCUCACAACCGUCAUGUCUUUUCUAACAUUCCAGAACUGUCAGUUGACGUGAAUCUCGUGGUUUUAAACUAUAAUAUGUCGCACUGUGGUGGUUUAAAAUAGCCAAUAUUUAUGUGGUUUUGCUCAGGCUAGCCUGCGGGCUUAAAGCAUUGACAGACGGCCCGCUGAAAUUCAAUAAUGUUAGUGACUGGUGUGUUUAGUGUUACUAGAAACAAGGUCGAAUGCUUGCAUACCGCCCAUAUGCACUCUAGAACUGCGCUGGAUCUGCGUUAUUGUAGCUUAAAAAUAUUUAAAACCAAUCUCUUUGAGGAUGCAGUGCAGUUCUAUACCCUUGAAAACUCCAACCACAAUCACGAGAGAGGCCUUCCUACAAAAUGCCAUCAAGCCAGAUCCUGCAGCCAGUUCUCAAAAUGAAGGUGGAUGAGCUCUUCCUCACCUGGCUAAGCGACACCAAAACCCAGGCGGUCUUAAAGGACUACCUGGACCUCAUCAAGGUCGGACACCAGUGCGAUCUAAACGAUGUGGGUGCCAUGACGAAAAGGACGCUGACCUUCAACGAGAACAACAACGUGGCGUCCCAAAAGAACUGGGUGGCGGAGAAGAAGGCCACCGCCUUCAACACCCCCUUAAGCCCCCCGUCGGCCGCCACCUUGCCCUCGGGAUGCAGCGGCGGGACCAGGGUGACAGGACCCCACGGCAGGAUACUACGGAGGUCUGUCAGCUCCAAAAAGGCACAAGUGAGGACAGAGGAGCCCGUCACCAACCCGCUGAGCGAAAGCAUUCCAAAGUUCUACUUCCCGCUGGGUCGGCCUAAAGCCAACCUCAACAUCGACAGCCUCAUUUCCAAAGUCGAGGCAACGUUUUGCCAAUUCCCCAAUGAAAGGGCCACCAUUGAGGACAUGGGGCAGGUUGCCAAGGCCUGCGAGUGUCCCCUCUACUGGAAGGUGCCAUUGUUCUGCUUGGCCGGAGGCGACAGGACGGGCUUCGUGUCUGUUCACAAGUUCGUGGCGAUGUGGAGAAAAACGCUGCAGACCUGCCACGACGACGCGGCCAAAUUUGUGCACCUUUUGGCCAAGCCUGGCUGCAAUUACCUGGAACAAGACGACUUUAUUCCCUUCCUGCAGGAUGUGGUGAACUCUCACGCAGGCUUGUCCUUCCUGAAGGAAGCACUAGACUUUCACUCAAGAUACAUCACCACGGUGAUCCAGAGAAUAUUUUACAAUGUGAACCGCUCCUGGACUGGCAAAAUAACAUGUUCAGAGCUGCGGAAAAGUAACUUUCUUCAGAAUGUUGCGAUGCUGGAGCAAGAAGAAGACGUGAACCAGCUGACCGAGUUCUUCUCCUACGAACACUUCUACGUCAUUUACUGCAAGUUCUGGGAGCUGGACACGGACCAUGACCUUUACAUCAACCAGAAGGACCUGGCACAGCACAACGACCAAGCCAUUUCCCAAAAGAUGAUUGAGAGAAUAUUCUCAGGAACGGUAACAAGGGACAGGCGUGUCUUCAAGGAGGGCCGCUUGAGCUACGCCGAUUUUGUUUGGUUCCUCAUCUCAGAGGAGGACAAGAAAACAGACACCAGUAUCGAGUACUGGUUCCGCUGCAUGGACCUGGAUGGGGACGGCGUGCUGAGCAUGUACGAGCUGGAGUACUUCUACGAGGAGCAGUGCCAAAAGCUGGAGAGCAUGGCCAUCGAGCCGCUGCCCUUUGAGGACUGCCUUUGCCAAAUGCUUGACAUUGUCAAGCCAGAAGUCAAAGGGAAAAUCGCCUUGCGAGACCUGAAGAGGUGCAAGCUGUCGCACAUCUUCUUCGACACCUUCUUCAACAUCGAGAAGUACCUGGACCACGAGCAGAGGGACCCCUUCUCUGUCAUUAGGGAAGUGGAGACGGACGGCCAGGAAAUGUCAGACUGGGAGAGAUAUGCCGCAGAGGAGUACGACAUCCUGGUGGCCGAGGAGGCCGCCGCUGAUCACUGCAAUGACGUGUACGAGAACCCGCUGAGUCCCUUAGAACCUCACAUCUCAGCCGACCUGGCUCUGACUAAGAGACACCUCUUUGAGAUCCCCAGUCCUCACUGCAACUUGGACCUGGACAAGUACGAGUAUGAGGACGACUUUGAAUGACAAAGCUACAGCUAACCUAAGCUACGCUUCUGUUCAGUGCAGCCUGAUGCUGCUGCUUCUCCUCCUCCUUGGCACUUUACACCUUUUUACAUGAUGAAGAAGUUGCCUGAAAAUUUGAGUCCGAUAGACUACACCUCCAUCCCGUCAUUGGCUAACUUGACAUUCCAGUGAUCGUACCAGAAGCUUCUGUACAACAAUGUAAAAACAGUCACCUGCUUUGAUACAGUGUGUGUUUGUGUGUGUGUAUAAGAGAGAGAGAGGUCAUUUAAUUUAUAAAUAUAUCUACAGACUGUAAAUAUUUUUGCUGUGAUGUAAAUGAUUUGCUUGGAAUCACAUUAUUUUAUAUGUCAACUUAAUAAAGCCUUAUAUUUCAUGACUGCCAGUAGAAGACACUUUUCACUAGCAUGGCAUUUUUAUUCUACUCACUGGACACUUCAUUAGGUACGAGAUCUCGUGAAAAUGUGACAAGCUUUCUCAUUUGGAGAAAAGCUGUAUGAUGAGAACAAGACAUCAGAAGCCAAUCAGACUGAACUAUGGCAUAGAUGCUAUGAAUGAUAAUGAGUAAUAACAGUAAUAUGGAAGUGACUGUGCAAGGCAAUAUUGGAAGCACCCAUGAAGUGCUUUAGGCACACCUUGCAAUCCAACCUACCCUGGUGUUCACAGUGCCCGCGAGUGACGUGACGUGGAUGCCGUACAAUACACGUCUGAAAGCUGUAAAAGUCAUCCCCCAACAAUGCAACCCAGCCUUUACCAAUAGUGCCAAGAAGGCAGAGCUUGGACACACUCGCCUUCCUGGCAAAACACGCAUGGGUGUCCAAUGUGUAGCGCAGGGGCCAUCUGUGGAACGUGGCUCAUUGCAGAAAUAAAAAACAAAAACCCAGCAAAAGGGCAAAAAAUAUUGCUAAUUAAUAAAAACAGAUUUGUCUUUAAAUGUGUUUAUUAUUUCUUUAUGAUAAAUAUGAAAGGUCAGCUGGAUAGCCCUGAUGUACAGUAAAUAAAGACAAACACGAGAAAAACAGUGAGCUGUAGUAGAAAGAUUAUUAAUGUUAUAUAUUAUCAGAACAGUUGUUUAUUUGGUCUUUGAGUGUCGAUUUGUAGCACAAUAAACAUUUCAAAAUG